GCUAAUCCUGUAUCUGAUAUUCUGAACUUCACACACGUGUAACUCUUACAGCAUGUAAGCAGCGUGCAUUCUUCCAUCCAUUGCUCUGCCAAAGACUAAACUAAUCGAUUACCUAUUACCUAUUACUUUAUCAUUAUUGAAACGACCGGAAGCAGUGGACGUUUCUUGUGCAGAAAAAAGUGAUCUGCGUCACAUCAACAUCAACUGUUCUGUCUGCAACAGUCACAAUGAAGCAUGCACCAUGGCCAAAAGGAAAGAAACUGGUCCACCUGGAUCUGAAAGGUGCCCCCCCAAGAGUAGAAUACCUUCACAAGCUGAUCGAGCUGUUCUCUCAGCUGGGAGCCAAUGGCCUGCUGGUGGAGUAUGAGGACAUGUUUCCUUAUGGGGGGGAGGUGAAGCUGCUGCAGGCCACAGUGCAGCCUGCUUACAGCCGAGAGGAGGUAUUAUCUAUGCAGGAAUUUGCCAAAUCUAAAGGCAUGGAGGUCAUCCCACUUGUGCAGACAUUUGGCCACAUGGAGUUUGUGUUGAAGCAUCGGCCCCUGUGGAGCCUGAGAGAGGCUGCCCACUGCGUCGGCACCCUGAAUCCCCACAAAGAGGAAGGGGUGAGGCUGGUGAUGGAGAUGCUGAGGCAGGUGGUGGAGCUGCAUCCCGGCUUGAAUACGCUGCACAUCGGAGCAGAUGAGGUGUACAUGCUCGGCGAGGGGGAGGAGUCCAAACUGUGGUUGGCCUCGCCCGGACGUACGGUGGAGCAGCUCUUCCUGAGCCAUGUGACCAAGGUGGCCCAGGCCGUCAAGGAGGCGUGGCCUCACAUGACCAUCAUAAUGUGGGAUGAUAUGAUGAGAGGCAUGAGCCAGGACACGCUAAAAGCUAGCGGCCUAGUGGGACUCGUCCAGCCCAUGUUGUGGGAUUACAACCCUAAUCUGGAUGUGGACACAACUGUGUCUCUGCUGGAGAAGUAUUGCAGUGCCGGUAUGUCCGACCUGUGGGCAGCCAGCUCCUUUAAAGGCUCCACCACUGUUUACACCUGUGUGCCCGGCACGCAGAGACAUGUGGAUAAUCACGUGCAGUGGCUGACGGUGGCUGCUUCUCUAUCUGCUGCUAUAAACCUGCAGGGCAUCGCCAUCACAGGCUGGCAGAGGUAUGACCACCUGUCGGUGCUGUGUGAGCUGAUGCAUGUGGCCCUUCCAUCGCUAGCAGCCUGUCUCCAGACACUCAGCCAUGGUCAGUUCAGUGCUGAGGCUCAGGGCAAAGUGACUGAGAGACUGGGUAUCUGCUCAGUGGAGGUAGAGGCCAUGGAGAGGACUUCUGUGGACGACUCGCUGUUCCCAGGAAGGAGGCUGGCUGAGUUAACUGUGGAGCUCAAUUCACUGUUGAACUCAGAAGACAUACGAUUUUUUGAAAACAACAUGUAUGUCAGAGGAUGGUUCAGCUCCUACCACCGACAGAGGAAAAUGGUAACCCCUCUCAUCGCCAUGCAGAUUCACAACCAAGCAUCAACGUAUUUGACUACGUUACAAGAGAAGGCGGAGGGGGUGAGAGAGGAGAUGGUACGUCUUUACCCAGACUCAACAGCCCAGGAGUGGAUGGAGGAACACGUCAGCCCUGUAGUGGCUCCCUUACAGAGGAUAACAGAGGAAAUCAGAGCCUGUGUGAACGAGAUGGUGCCGUGAAAUAUUUCACCAGCUCAGAAUUAAAAAUAUUUGUUUGAUGAAUUCCGAUGCUGUUCUCUUAAAGCUAGGGUUGGUAAUCUUCUUCAAAAACAUUUUUGUUAUAUUUGUUGAAAUUCUCAUUACAUCCCGACAGCAAUCAAUAAAUCAAAUGCUCUGGCAAAAAAUACGGUAUCUGCGGCUGUCGCAGGACUGUAAUAAACCUGUCCGGACAGGCUACCUGUCUUUCUACCUACCUACCUAGCUACCUACCUGUCUACCUCCGUACACUCAUUGCCAGAGUCUUCCACAAGCUGCUAGCUUAACAACUGUGAGUACUAACAAUAGCCAUGUUCAUUUUUUAUGUUCGUUGUGAUAAUUUUGGGGGAGUGGCUUUGGAGGGACGCCUGAAGGUACGGACUGUCGGUGUUUCCGAGUUAGCGACUUUCUCGCUAGAUUUAGCGACUUUUGGAGCUGCUAUUUACUUUCAUUGGAAAAGAGUUGACAACACUGGGCUGGGUUUUUCGGUUGGAUAAUUUUUUUAAAUCUAGCUUAUGCUUGCUUGUUUCUUAAAGGUAGUGUGUAGGAUUUGGCGGCAUAGUGGUGUGGUUGCAGAUUGCAACCAACUGAAUGCCCCUCUGCUCACACCUCCCUUUCCAAGACUGCGGUAACGUGAGUCGCCGAGUGCAAAAACCGUGGUAACGGCGUUCGCCUCGCUCAAAGGCUAUUCUUACCAUAAUAACACUACUUUAGGAGCAACGGAAGAGAACUACGGUCACCUUCCGGCAACGUAAAAACGUGAAAGGGUCUUUCUAGAGCCAGUGUUUGGUUUGUCCGUUCUGGGCUACUGUAGAAACAUGGCGGAGCAACAUGUCGGACUCAAUGAAGAGGACCCGCUCCCUAUGUAGAUAUGAAGGAGUCGUUCUAAGCUAAUGAAAACGCAACGGUUCUUAGUUUCAGCUGAUGAUAAACCAAUGAAAACAUAGUUAUGAAUAUUAUAUUCUAAUUCUGCUAAUAGAUCGCCCCCGAUGCACAAAUAUAAACUGAUUACCAACCCUAGCUUUCAUUUUUUUGCAACCAGCACUUAACAGGAGUGAUUUCAUGUGUAAAUUUGCACUUCCCCAAGAGCAAACUGGUGUAUGUAAAUUGCACUAACUGUAGCAAAGAAAGGAAAUAAUAUUAAAAGGAGACUUGGGGUUUGUAUAUAAAUCAUUUUUAUAUAAUUCUUCCAAAUGUAUCAAAGUAAACAAAGACAAUAAAAUCAACCAACAA